GUUAUUCAGUUUGUCUUGUUUCUCUGAUUUGUGUUGCGGAAAACGGAAAACAGCGGAAAGUUCUUUCAUAGUUGGUUGUCUACGUUUUAUACUCACUGAAAAGAAAAACUAUUGGAAAAAUUUAAUGAUAACAUUUGGAAUUUGUUAAAAACUUAUUUAUGUAAAUGGUAUACAAUAAGCUUUGUAGUAACCAAAACAACUAUUGAAUCAUAUUCGUGUAGUAUCCUUGGAGAAAAAUAAUUUUCACAUUUUGGUUAUUAAAAAAGUAAAGGCAGAAAGUGCAAAAAUGGAAGUGGCUAAAAAAUUGGUAUAAUAUGCCGCUAAAAAAUGUCAACAUAAUGCCAUACAAAUUUUUGAAAUUAUAUACUGAAAAAUGGAAACAAUAUCCAAGAUUUCCCUGAUAUUGGUUCUAUUCUUAAUUUUUGAAAAUAUUUUUGUUGUGGAUGUGAGUGCAGUUUCGCCGGCUGCCAAUGCAAAUGAGAACUACUAUAAAACCACAAAUGUCGGUCUUGCGGCUGCCGCUGUCGCCGCUCCCGCAGAUUUAGUCGCAGAUGAACCAUUUUUGCCUAACCUUCAAGCUGCGCAACAACAACAAAAUGCAGCAGUAUCCAAACCACGGCCACAGAUAACUGAUUCAAAAUUACCUCUCUUUCAACAACAACAACCAGCCUCAUGUAUAUCGACAUUCGUAAAAGAAGAGCAGCAAGUGCAACGGUCACAGAAAAAGUAUGAGCACGAAAUCAACGUAUUGGGCUAUAAAAUUCAAAUACCAUCCUUUGUAAUGGAUGGUAUUUCUCUGCCGUCAGCAGGAGAUUCAAAUAGCAACGUAGUUAAUAGUGCGGAUGUAGCCACUACAUUGGAACAGACUGCCGGUGGCGGGGAAGAUGAGAAUGUAUUCAAAUUCUACUGCGAGAAUACCACUAUUGCGAAUGUCAAUACGGAGUUGCGUUCGAAAAUGUACAUUAAAUACGCUUAUAUACUUCUGCAGCAUUGUUAUCCUAAUGAAGAAGCGCAGUCUCUGCAGUUGCAACAGUACGAAAGCGUGCGACACUUUAAGUGGACGUACAGUAAUAUACAUGACCCACAAAUGGAUACACUUUUUUCGAACUACAAAUCCAAUUUCGAGUACUUGGAAUCUCUGGAUCUAACCGCAAAUCAAUUGGAAUGUACACGCUGGGCUCAAUCCCAAACCGUUCGCAGACUGAGAGUUUUGAAGUUAACCCGCAAUGGCAUAGACACGCAAAAUUGCGCACUUUCCGAAUUCCAGCAUAUGAAUCAUUUAGUUGAGCUGCGAUUGGAUGACAACCGCAUACAUAUGUUGAAUCAGCAAUUCUUGGGUCACCUUAGCGAACUAAGAGAUUUGAAUUUAACAAGUAAUCUGCUACGCGAUUUGCAGCGCAACAUUUUUAGUGGCGCAAUUAAGCUGCAACGCCUUUAUUUGGCGCACAAUCGUUUGACGACUUUGCCCUUUCAACUAUUUCAGAGUAUGCGUGAACUGCAAACGCUCGAUCUUUCGCAUAAUAGUUUACUCUCCUUUCCCGAUAAUUUCUUCGCGUUAAAUAGCGAACUACGAGAGAUGUAUCUGCAAAAUAACGCUAUGGAGACAAUCGGCAAGAACACGUUUCACAAUUUGCGAAAGUUGCGCUAUUUAGAUUUAUCCGAAAACAAAAUAAAUAGCAUAGACCGCAAAGCUUUUGAGUCACUCUCGAAUCUAUUUAUGCUAAAUAUGUCGAUGAAUAGCAUUAGCACCAUUUCCUCGAUACUUUUUCAUCCGCUAAACAAUCUGCAACAGCUCGAUUUGAGUCACAACACAUUCACCCAAUUACCCAGCGGCAUAUUUAUGUCGCAACGUGCGUUACUUGUUCUGCGCAUUGACUCGACACCACUGGAGAGGAUUGGUAACUUCAUUUCCCGCAACAGUGACUACGUCGAUCCAAAGGUGUUGUCGAAUUUGCGUGUCCUUUCCAUGCAACACAACAAACAGUUGACACAACUCACGCGUACACUCUUCCGUAACACGCCCAAUCUACAUGAGCUGCUCUUAGCAGGCAACGCAUUGCAGCAUUUGCCCACUGAAAUCGGACAACUGAGUCAAUUGCAACGCUUGAAUGUGCGUGACAACAGGCUGACUUAUAUACCGGAGAGCGUGAAAUAUCUGCCGAAUUUACGUUUCAUUCACAUACGACACAACGACUACAUAUGCGAUUGCCGAAUGUUCUGGUUGGGUGAAUGGCUAACUAAUAGCAGCUCAACGCUGCGUCGUCUACGUGCCACCUUAUAUAAGAGUAGUGUUAUGUUGGCAGAUACAUCAGCAAUGGAUAUGGGUGAUGACAUAGAUGAACUCAUUGAGUCACUGACUUGCCACCACGGUCAUCCAGGUGAUAUGGUGAAUGUGUUACAACAUCUGCACUGCUUGAAACCGGUUAUACUGGAGUCGUCCGACUCGAAAAUGCACAAACUACACUCAACGGCGAAACUAGAGUGUAUAUUUUCGGGCAGUCCUACGCCAGAUGUAAUAUGGGUAACACCCACAAAUCAAAUUUUACGACAUCAUGCUGAUCCCGACAAGCGACCGGUUAUAAUUAACCACAGUGAUAAAGAGCUCGGGCUCGGACAUUUGCCGCUCACAUCGCUAAUAAUGGAGGAUAAUAUGCUGAAUAUUAGUUUGCAGACAGCCGAUGUGAUGAAUCGGGUGACCUUGAUUGAGAACGGUUCAUUACUGGUGCACAACAUAUCGCGUGGUGACAGUGGACUCUAUACCUGCUACGCCUACAACAUAAUGGGUAAUUCGUCGGCGUUUAUGAGAAUUUACAUCGAUCCAAUCGUCUUCUAUCGUAUUAAAAUCGAGAGUCUUUUAUCGGGCACCGCUGCUGCCACCGCCUUUCUUUUGUUAACGCUGAUCGUGCAAGGGCUUCGUGCGCUCUUCUCCAAAUGUGGUAUAUUUGAUAGAUUCUAUUGCUGUGUGCGCAACAAGCAGUCGCCGAGGGCGCGUCAAAUUUAUGCCAUGCUCGAUAGCAUUGAGUGCUACAAAAGUCAGCAAUUGGAACGACUGCGCGAGAAUUAUGCGCAACAAGUGCAUCGUAUACGAGAGAAUUGUGUGCAGCAAGUUGAAUGGAUUCAGAGUAGUUAUACAUCUCAGGCCAAAUAUUUAAAAGAAUUUAGAGACAUGGGUUCCACUCAUCUAACAGCACUAAAAGAUCAAUAUUACGAUCAGGUGAAAAAGGUUCGUGAUUAUUCCACGGGUCAGUUGAAUUGGGUGCGCGAAAAUUACGUCUUCCAGCGUAACAAAAUUCGUAAAUUUAGCGCACAUCAAGUUUUGCGCUUACGUGAAGGCUACAAAUAUCAACAACAGUCGCUGAAUAAAGUAUUGGAAAAUCUUCCAAGUUUUUAUUUUGAAAAUUGUCGCGGUCGCUGCGAAGAGGAUAUAGCUGAAGAUAUUGAAGUGUAUUUCAAGAGUCAACUCGGCGAUCAGUUCAAUCCUAGCGCAGCCAAGGUGAAGAGUUUGAAAAACAAAUUAGCCGUCAUGGCUUUGAAUUCGGCGAGCAAAGCAUCGGUGUAUUAUACACCGCCCGAAGAUGAUCUAAGGCGAUCGAGCCUUCAGUUGCAGACUUCUCCUAUACACAUCAAUUAUAUUAAUGAAAAUUUGGACCAUAAGAAAUUCGAAUUGAACGGAACGAAAUUUAGCAGAGAAUUCCUCAUGAAUACCCCCAUGCUGUUUGGCAGUUGUGGCGACGAAAACUAUGGCAAUGGCUUGACAUCACUAUCCAGAGCUGAGAUCACUUUAAGUCAAUUGAAAAUAAAUGAUAAGCAUCCGGCGGGUGCGGGUAGUAUUGAAGAUAAUAAUUGUUAUGACGCCACAUUGGCGAAUAAGUUAGAACCAAUGAAAACUGCCGAGAAGAAUAAAAAUGGCCACAAGCAUGAGCAGGCAUAUGAGCGACUGACAGCAAAUGCAAUACAUGGCAGUGGCCGACGGCACGCAGAAAGACAUGCAGAUAAUGCUGCGGGCGGAGACAACAAUAUAGAAUUGACUGAACUCUGCGAUUAUAAGGAUAUGAACGAUGUAAAGAGCUCCAAGUCGUGUCCGGCCAUUUACAAAGUUUCCAAACAACAAGAUGGCUCAACACUGCAUGAGCUACUGACUGAUAACCAAAGGGGGGAUGGAAAUUCGAACAGCACACGACUAAAUCAUGUCGGCGAGCCGACUCACAUACAUGAAACGGAACUCUUCCAUAGAGCAAGCACAUCCGGCAGUGGUGGCAAAGGUGGACGCAAGAUCUGCAAGGAGAAGUUGAACAUCAUAUUGGACGAGAGCGGUAAAUCCACUCUUUACAAUGGCGCACCACCAUCUGAGGUGUGCGGUGGUGCGCGAAUAAAGGAUACAAAAUAUGCUUCAUUCUCCACGAUGGCGUCGUCGUCACAAAGCAAAAACAGUUUGCCAGAUUUGAAGGCGUGCGACGGUGGCGACAAUGAAGCGGGUGAUUGUAAGUACAAGGAAGAGCUAAACUGCAGCGAUUCGGUUCCAGCUUCAUCGUCUGGGUCGAUAACAACAUCGAACCUUGACAACAUUAGCUUCAGCAGUAAUUCCAACAAUAGCAGCUGCAAUGGCAACCAACGUAGUGUAGAUGUAGUUAAUCUUACUUAGAGAUUCAUAUUUUUAGCCAUUAUCUAAUGCAUUAGAAAAGAAAAUGUUACAUAUUUAACAAAACCAAAACAAAAAACAAAAAAACCCGAAAAACUAAAACAGGAAAUCAAUGAAAAAUAUUUAUAUUAUGGAGAUGAAGUGAAGUAAUUGUAAGAUAUAACUGAAUGAAAGAUUUAUAUUAAAAUUUUUGCGCGAAAGCGAAGUUAUUAUGAAUACAACAUAAAGGUAAUAUAAAAGUAAAGAAUUAGAUGAUUUGUUUGCUCUAAAAAUAAGACACAGAUAAAUUAAACACUAUUUCGCAAAGUCACACAGCAAAAGUGUUGUUAUACACAUUUUAGCAUGUAUAAAAAUUUUAAAAUAAAUGCAAUCAUUACAUUAUUUCCAACAAUUGCGAAAAUGAAUGGCGACGCCAAAUUGUACAACAUAAAGCUGGCAGUUAAAAUGUAUGGAUUUUGUCGUCGAGCGUAACUUCAUUUAUACUUUUCCUUUACAUAUACAUAUGUCUGUAUGUACAUAUGUAUGUAUGCAGGCAUAUUAUUCUAGAUGAACAUUUGUGAGCUUCAAAACGAGCCAAAACUUGUAUGCCCAUUGGAAGCUUGAUUUGAAAAUCAGAACAUGGCGUCCAAUGAGGCACCUUCAAUAUAAACAAAUAAAUAAAUUCAACAUUCA